CUCGGGUCGGCGGCGGGGCCAGGUCGCGACGGCGUCGCUGCUGCAGUCCUUGCAUCUCCGAGCAUGGCUGACAGCAAGGCCAAGACUACCAAGGCCGCCAACAAGACACCUCCCAAGUCUCCGGGGGACCCCACGAGGGAGAAAGCAGCCAAGCGGCUCUCGCAGGAGUCAGAAGGCGCCCCUGAGGGCGCAGCAGCCCCGGAGCUCAGCGCCCUGGAGGAAGCCUUCCGCAGGUUUGCGGUGCACGGGGACACGCGGGCCACGGGCCGCGAGAUGCACGGGAAGAACUGGUCCAAGCUGUGCCGAGACUGCCAGGUCAUUGAUGGCAGAACCGUGACCGUCACUGACGUGGACAUUGUCUUCAGCAAGAUCAAGGGGAAGUCCUGCCGGACCAUCACGUUCGAGCAGUUCAAGGAGGCGCUGGAGGAGCUGUCCAAGAAGAGGUUCAAGGACAAGAGCGCCGAGGACGCUGUGCGGGAGGUGCACCGCCUCAUCGAAGGCAAAUCGCCCAUCAUCUCGGGGGUGACGAAAGCCGUCUCAUCGCCCACCGUGUCGCGACUCACGGACACCACCCGGUUCACGGGCUCCCACAAGGAGCGCUUCGACCCGUCCGGAAAGGGCAAGGGCAAGGCGGGCCGUGUGGACCUGCUGGAUGAGUCGGGCUACGUGUCGGGCUACAAGCACGCGGGCACCUACGACCAGAAGGUGCAGGGCAGCAAGUAGCACCUGCCUGCACAUCGUGAGUCAGGACUAGCCCCCCUCCCCCCCACUUCGUGACAUUCCUGUGCUUGCUGGGCAGAAGGAGGGCCGGUGGUGGAGACCCAGGGACGGGCCUCAGGUCUGGGGGCCAUCCCAGGGUCAGCACGGCCGCAGGGUGGGGGGACACAGUCUCCUCCACAUUUCUCACCGCUUUCGGGAUUGGAGUCGGGUUCACCUCUUCCUACUAAACCUCUUUGUUCCCAACUAGCAAGUCAGCCCACGGCUUCUCCAGAGCCUCCCUGGGGUCACUCAAACCAGUCACCGGGUUUGCAGCGACGGGUUCUGUGAAGUGGGUUGGUGGGAUGUGGCACCCAGCACGCAGACCCUUGGGUGGGUGCUGGCCUCCUGACCCAGACACCCUGCCAGGAGCCCAAAGGGCCAAUGAAGCUAACUCACUAACCAACAGCACAAAUAAAACCAAGUAAACUGCUGAACAGAACUCGAACGGUGUCUGUCCUGACACACAGGGGAUCCAAGGGCCUGCCAUUCUUCCCAGGGCUGAGUGACUGGAGGCCAUGCUGGGCCCAGACACCGUUCAGGUGUGGGGAGGCAGGGCCACCAGGUCCUGGUCACGUGGGCCUGCCUGCACCAAGAACGGUCAGUCAUGCAGCCAGCGAGGGCAGGAACGUGAGCAUCCGGGGAGGCGUGUGCAGUUACAAGUUCUCUAAACCAACAUUCAGCUGAAAAGCCAAGAGGACAGACUGGUGCACCGCUGCCCGUUUGCUGGGGGACUCAGCACUGCUGUGUGUGGCUCCCCGCUUGCCCGCUGCCCCGUGCUGGGGCUGGGAACUUCGCAGGGCAGAAGGCGCUCUCCAGCGGUGUUUUCAGUCAGCAGCUGAGAGCUUGAUUUCCUGUGACAGCGUGGAGUGUGUGCAUCAUGUCACCGGGAAGUGAUUUUGGCUGUGAGAUGCCAGCCAGCUGUGUGCCCGCUCACACCCACCCUCCCACCGGCCCCAGCCACACCGGCUGCACCAGCUCUGCGCACAAACACGCCUCUCGCCUCUCCUUCCUCUGGCACUUCACAGCCCCACCCGGCCUCCCACCUGGCUCCCCUGCCUCCCAGGAAAGCUGAGCGUGUGGUGGGCGCUGGCCCCUACAGGCCCCCCAAGACCCUGAGCCCACGUCCCCUAAGCUCUGCUUCAGGGGCUGAGGGAGUAAUGGCUGAGGCUUUGGGAGUUGCUGUCAGGAUGUCAGCUUGCUGUUGCUGAGGCCCCGAUCUGGGAGUCCAGCCCCCGCGCCAUGGUGGCAAGAAGCAGGACUGACGGUGGGGCGUGAAGACAGGUGGGACUGCCGUACCCCACCGGCAGAGGUAUCACACACUGGAAGGUGUUCAGGACCACUCUCCACAUCCGACAUGUUUCCUAAUAACAUUCUGAUCACACACUGAAAAGCCCGUUCACUCAAAAUGCUGAGGAUUCCACGAGUGGUCAUCAGACAGGGACUGAUGUCUAAGCCCAGCGGCUCCCCCAUCCCCACUGGACCCUCUGGCUGAUGCAGCACCAGCGAGACGCCCACUGCGUGGAGGCUGGGUUUUGGAGAACAGACAAGGGAGUCCAGCGGACCAGGGCAGAGGGACAUGCCCAGAGAUACCAACAGGGCCCUGCUGUCGUGAAACGAGCCAUUGCCAACAAAGGCUUAGCCUAAACCAGAGGCGGGCCUGCCUUCAGCAGAGGAGAAAACGGGUCUGAGAAAAGGGAGACGAGUAAGCAGCCCGCCUGGGGACAGGCCCUAGGUGGGCACCCAGCGUGGCCCUGCCACACCAUGCCCUCUGGUCAGCAGCUCAGGCCCAUGGCCCCCACCCCACCCUGCCAGCCCUGGGUCUUUGAAGCACAGAUGCCGUUCAGGACUCGCGGACGAGCUGCUUGGAUGGACAAGAACCCCUUUACUUCUCAUGAAGAUCUGACCACUGUCAGCAGUGCGUCUCUGAGUCUGAGGAGGAGUCACGUUUAAGGUUGCUGUGGUGCCUCCUGGCGCCUUCUGCCUGCCGGGACCCGGACACCCCCUGUGCACCACCUGGUCCCCACGUCCCCAGGUCCAUCCAGGCCUCCAUUCCGAGGCUGCCCAGCCUGCAUCUCCACAUCUGCCCAGUCCUGCAUCCCUGUGUCUGUCCAGUCCCUCAUCCCUGUGGCCACCCAGCCCUGUGUCCCCAAGGCCACCUAGGCCAGCAUCCCCGUGUGUGCGCAACCCUGCGUCCGCAUGGGCCCGGUGGACAUCGCCCUCCUGCGGCCUCUGAGGUGAGACGUUCUGGGGGCGGGGGGACACGGCCUGUGUGGACCUGCCCUCGUUGAGUGCUGUCCAGGGCUGUGAACAGGCAGGCCCUGUCUCUGUGGCUUGUUUUAACUCAGUGCUGAUUAGCUUCUGCUCACCGUGCUAGACAGAAACUAACGCUCGUCUGCGGGUCACACAGCCUGUGCCCGCACUCUGGGCCCAGCAGGGGCCGCAGUGCCAGGUGGACGGCACGUCAGCCACUCAGCAGGACCCAGGCUCAGAUUGCACAAGUUUAAAGUGUUAGAGCAAAAGAUAUAUAUUUAUACUGGAGUAUUUUUACACUUGUAAUACCCUCAGAAUAUCCUCAGUCUUACAUUUGGGGCAGAUGGGUAAACUAGGACAGGUGCCGGGAGGCGGGGGGCUUGUCUGCACCACGUCCACUGGUCAGAGUCCCCGUCCCCCAGCUCACCCAUUCGCGCUCUCCACUCCACCGUGUUCCCGUGGGCAGAGUACUGGGCAGGAGUGGGUGCCUCCCGAGCUGCUCACCCCCCCACAGGGCCAGAUGUGCCAUGUCAAUGGCUGCAGAGGACUCCCCACAGGCCCAGGAAGUGCCCCCACCCCCACCCCACCCCGGAGCCCACAGCCACAUCCACGGUCUGCAUAUGGUCCGUGCCUGCUCUCAGCUAUGAGGGCAGAGGUGAGAAGCUGAGACACAGACACCGUGGCCCAGGAAGCUGGAAGCACCUGCUGGCUGCCUUCUCAGGAAGAGGGUUUGGGGUCAGGCAGCCUUCCUGCAGUUCCCCACCCGCCCCAGCACUGUCACUGCCGGCACAGCACGGGGUGCAGUUCAGCUGAGCUGAACGUGUCUGCGUGCCCAAGGGUCUCUCAUACACUGGACGCUGCCUGGCCUGCUGCUGAGCACCGUCAGACCCAACAGCUUGAGGGUGCAGCGGGGUGAGGGGGGGUGCAGGCAGGUGGGUGGGGGGCAGUCCCCACCUGCACCAGGAGGUGUUUAGGUAACCUCAUCUUCCUUUAAAACAAAAGAACACCCCCGCUGUCCUCGCGUCAAUUCCGACUUAUCGUGACUAUACAGGACAGAGUACAGCUGCCCCAAAAGGAUUCCCAGGAGCGGCUGGUGGAUCUGAACUGCUGACCUUUUGGUCAGCAGCUCUUAACCACUGCGCCACCAGGGCUCCUUUAGGCUCCUUAAAAACCAGUCACAGAACAAAGGAACCCGCGCAACUUAAAGAAACUUGAAAGAGAUCAUGUGCUACUAGUUUGCACUGUUUUCAGGAAGGGAACAGACUUAGAUAUACAUGUGAUGUAUUUUUGCACUGUGAGUAGAACUGCUGCACUGCUGUGUCGCCCUGUCAGGCGACGGCUGAAGCCAGGUUGCUGUUGGGCUCGGGGGCUGAUGUCCACGGCCACAGCUCUAGGUUUCCCUGCUGGACUGGCCCCUGCCCGGCUCGCAGCUGUCAGUCACAGCUCGUGUCUGCGUCCUACCACCCAUGUGUGUCCGCUGUGGUUAACGCUGUCUGUCCAGUUGGUAACGUGAUGAAUAAAGGUGUUAAAACAUGGACACGUCUGCUGUCCUUAGUGUGUGGUCUGUGCAGCGGAGACACCCUCAUUCCCCACGGGUAUACACGUGUUAGCUCAGACCUGGGGGCGCUGCAGCCCACACUGCCGAGCCCUCCUGUCACCUUCCCUUCCUGGCUCAGCCUGGCCUGGGACAGCCCUCUGC